AUGCUCCACUUGCAGGGUCCACAGAUGCUGCAGCUGCUGGAGAAGUCCUUGCUGAAGCACCUCCCUGAGUCCUUAAAGGUGUAUGGAACUGUCUUCCACAUAAACCAGGGGAACCCAUUCAAGCUUAAGGCCCUGGUGGACAAAUGGCCUGAUUUUAAUACUCUGGUUAUUCGUCCUGAGGAGCAGGAAAUGACAGAUGACCUUGAUCACUACACUAAUACUUACCAGAUCUAUUCCAAGGAUCCCAAGAACUGUCAGGAAUUCCUUAGCUCACCGGAAGUCAUCAACUGGAAGCAACACUUUCAGAUUCAAAGCUUACAGGCCAGCCUGGAUAAGGUGAUAAAAAACCUUGUAGCCAUUCAUUCGGGCCAAGUCAAGCACACACAAUGCUUUCUCUACUUGGUACAUGACACAGCAAAGAAACUGGCUCCUUCGCUGCUGGAUGGAAAGAACGCAUCUCCCGAUGGUGACAAAUCCAAGUCCCUCGACCAAGAGAUGUUUAAACACUCAACCCUGGAUAUUACCCAUGCUGCCUUGGUGAAUAAAUUCUGGUAUUUUGGUGGCAAUGAAAGAAGUCAGAGAUUCAUUGAGCGCUGUAUCCGGACCUUCCCCAGCUUCUGUCUGCUGGGGCCUGAGGGGACCCCUGUGAGCUGGACCAUGAUGGACCAGACUGGAGAGCUGCGAAUAGGAGCUACUGUGCCUGAGUACCGAGGUCAAAGUCUCCUUUAUCACAUCGCCAGAUGCCAGAUCCAGACUCUGGGAAAACUUGGCUUCCCCAUGUAUGCUCAUGUGGACAAGGCCAACCACAUCACACAACGAGUGACCCUCAGGCUGGGUAAUAUCCCCAUGCCCUGUGACUGGAACCAGUGGAACUAUGUGCCUCUGUGA